CUCAACAGCCGCUGGCGCUCAGCUGCUCGCUGUUUAUUAAAGUAUAUUUUCCCAUAAGUCAGGUGACUUGAAAAAGUAAAAAAAAAAAGAGUUUAAUUAAAAUGGGCACCGGCAAGAAGAAUUACCAAGCACCUGAGUGGCUGACCGUGGAAUUUCUGCAGGAUGUGCUGAAGGAGCACUUCAAAGAGGAGUCGCUCAUCGUUAGCGAUUUGCUAGUGAAAAGCGCCCAAGUGGGCGAUGUCGUUGUCGGCUUUGCCAGUGAAAUGCAUCGCGCCUGCUUCAAUCUGCAGCGCGGCAACGUGAAGAGCAAGUUCUCGGUGUUUGUCAAGGAUCAUCCGAAGGGUCAGACGGGCGCCAUUGCUCUGCGAAGCAAACUGUUCAAGCGUGAGAUCCUGACUUAUAAGGAAGUGUUGCCGCGGGUACAGGCGCUCCUCGAAUCCAUUGGCGACAAGGCGAAAAUUGCACCCAUCUGCUAUUACACGACGGAGAGUCCGGAGCCAUUCCUCAUUUUGGAGGACAUGCAACUGAGCGGAUACGAAAACUUUGAACGCGGGCGUCUACUCAACUUAGACUAUGUGCUGCCCAGCGUGGAGAAACUGGCCAAGCUUCAUGCCUGCAGUGCUGUCAUAGCCAAGCAGAAUCCCGAAGUGCUAGAGUUCUUCAACGAAGCGCCCAUCUCUCGCAAUCCGGAUCGUCGUGAUUUUCUUAGUUUCUUUCCGGUAAACAUACGCUGCGUGGCUGAAGAGAUUGCCCACUGGAAGGGCUUUGAGGAGAUCACUGAGAAGAUGUUUAAGCUAGCCGAAAAUGUGCUCCAGAGCGCCGUGCAUAUGUAUGAGGAGCAGGAGAAGGGCUUUAAAGUUUUUAACAUGGCCGACAUUUGGAUCAACAAUCUAAUGUUUCAUAUUAACAAUGAAACGAAGGAACCCGAUAAUGUUGUUGCCUUGGACUUCCAGCUGGCAUUUCUGGGCUCACCAGCUGUUGAUCUAAACUAUUUUCUAUUUGGCUCUCUCAAUGAGAAUGUGCGUAAGGUGCACUUAAAGUUUAUUAUACAUGAAUAUCAGCGCGUACUUAAAGAAACUCUAGAAAAACUUGAAUACCAGGGUCACAUUCCAACUCUCAAAGAGAUUCACAUUGAGCUUAUUCAAAAUAGCCUGAUUGGAGUCAUUGCGGCCACUUGUCUAACGCCGCUGAUAUUCCGGGAAGAUGCGGGCUUCGAUAAUCUUGAGGAUCUGAACUCACGAACAGAGAAUGGCGAUCGUUUUCGACGCGAGAACGUGGAGAAUCCCAAAUAUCGCGCAUUUUUACAACGCACUGUCAAAGAGUUCGAGCUAUCAGGUUUCUUGGAUACGUAAUUAUACCUUAUUUCUAGAUAAGUUUCAACAUGUAGGGCUUCCGAAAAAAAUACUAUAUUCAGAAUAGUAAUAAAUAUCGUAAGAUUCGUGCUUUUCGUACCCAAGG